GAUAACCAUCAUCAUAGUAGCAGCAACAAUAUCCAUAACUUUGGACAACGAACCGUUACCACCGGAGGAAUACCUCAUCCUCGAUUAGAAAAAAUCCGAUUUGGAUUGUACUCCGAUCAGGCGAAAGCAAGACUCAUCUGGCCGAGAUCGGAAAGAUGGAGAAGGUAUUCUUGGCAUGUGCGAUUGUUUUUACGAUGCUUAGCUGUAUCGGUGUUACACUCCGUAUCAUGGACAGGGCGCCAUGGCUUCGACGUAUCCCUGUCAUCACAGCGUAUCUCGAAGCUCUGUUUUGUAUUGCGGCUUUAAUAUCAUUCCUUAGUACCCAUACACUACCACCAGAUGGUCAAUUCUCUCAUGGAUUCCUCGCCUGUAUCAUCACCGCUAUAUUUGCAUCCAUUGUCGCGAUCAUGUUGACAAUUGACUGGUGGCGAGGUUUCCCUUCCGCAGGACUCUCCGCCACACUUAAAGCACUCAUCAUCUCCUCGUUCGUCAUGACCAUCAUCAUCAUCAUCGGUGCUGCUAUCUACUCCUCACUUGAGGAAUGGUCCUUUGACGAGGCUGUUAAUUUUUGCAUCGUUUCAUUUGCUACCAUUGGGUAUGGUAAUCUCAGUCCAAAAACUGCCGCAGGUCAAAUCAUCUUUUUCUUUUACGGACUCUUGGGAAUCAGCUCUGUGGGAUUCUUUGUGGUCUCGCUCCGCAAUGCCGUCAUUGAGCAGUUUCAUUGGCGAUUAGUCGAUCGUUUUUCUAAGCCUGCCCAUCUGACCCGAGUACAAACUCGGAUGUCAGCCAAAGAUAUCUCGUUCCCCCUAGCACGGUUUGAAGAAGAACAACGCGUCAAACGCGUUGUGAAACGCAAGAUGAUCCUUCGUAUGAUCUGUAUUUGGAUCGUCAUGUGGUUCGGAGGCGCUGGUGUCUUUUGUGCUUUCGAGCCCUGGACCUUUUUAGAGUCUUUGUACUUUUGUUUCGUCACCCUGACCACAAUUGGGUUUGGGGAUUAUGUCCCCAAGGAGCCAGGUUCCAUUGAGUUCUGGAGCGUCUAUGUAUUUGUCGGUUUAGCAGUCUUUGCUUAUAUCCUCUCCUUGUCAUCAGAAUCAAUGGCUGCACAUAUUCAUUUGGUGGAUGAUCAGGAUGAAGACGAUGAUGCAUCUAUGUAUGGAUGGGAGCGCAACGAAGAUCCAAACGCCCCCUUGACUACCCGAAGUGCUAUUUUAGGAUUAGAGGGCUUAAAAUGGCUCAAUAAUCAACACUUGAUUCAACAGCAAGGAUCCAACCCAGACUUGCAGAUCACAGAUGGAGAUAGUAAAACUGUUAAUAGUAAUGCAGUUGUUAACAGCAGCAAUGGCCCAGACAGCAAUAGUACCAACAAUGAAACAAACACCAAUCCAAAUGAUGAAUUCUAUGGAACAACGCCAUCACCACUUCAACGCGAGCGUGCCAAUACCAACACCAACACUGGUAAUCGAAAGAACUCUUCGGGUCGUAUCUUGAUGGUCUCUGCCAAGGAGCGGAAACAGAUGCUGCAGGCAGAAUACUAUGCGGCACAAUCUUUACCGACUGCUGCAAUUCGGUUUGUGGAUAUCAAGGGUAUGCCGCAUCAGAGGACUAUCCGCGGAAGCUUUUCUGGACCUAGUGGUAGUGGCAGUGGUAGUGGAACCGACGCCCUGGAUGACGCAAAGCAGCAGCAACAUACCCUGCAGACGUAUGGAACUAUGGGCUAUUUUGGCACUUCUGGACAACGAGAUUUGGCACAGGCAAGUUUGCCACGAUGGAAUAGUCUUCGUUCCUUUGGAAAUGAGGCCGGAGCUAGAACCGGGAUUGGAGGGGCAGGUACUGAUCAGAGUGGUGACAUUUAUGGCCCUAGCGUCCAAAAUACAGUCCAGACACGCCAACUUCAACAUCGACCACUUAUCAAGUUUGGAGCACCUGGUGAUAGUCUACAGCGAGGCGGUGGGUUAGGAGGUGGUUUGACAGGUGGCCAUGGGUAUAUUCAAUUGGAUUCCUCAGAGUAUGAUAGCCGGCGACGGGAAAGUGCGUCUGAGUCUAGAUCUGGAUAUAUCCCAUCAUGUAUGGAUCUCUUUCGGCAAAAUAACUUGCCAAACAACACGAGCAGUAGAAGUGUCAUUGAUCAGAAUAACAAUAGCACUCAAGAUUUAUCCGUAGCUCAAGGAGAAGGAAAAGGAGGAGAACAGUCCAAUACUCAAGUCCGUUCAAAUAGUUGGGAUCAAUCCGCAUCUCAUCAACGUUCAGGACCCUCUCAGAAUGAGAUUCAUCGGAUCUCAGAAGACGCGAACGCUUUGCAAGGACCUACCUUCAAUCCUACUUUUACCUCACAUCCCAGUGAUAAUAGUGACAACGUCAAAAUGGACAACUCUCCAGACCAUGGCAAUACAGCAUCAUCAUCGAUACCUGAAACGGCUCUUUUGCAAAAAACAAACACGGAGAACUUUGCUUUCACUCCUAUCACUACAGAAGAAAGCAACACUGGUUUCCCACGGGCCCAGCCAACGUCAGCAUCAUCCUCAGGCGCGGCAUUAGAACCAUUCAGUCAUAGAGAAGAGCGAGUAGCACCUGAUGAAGCAUCACGAUCUUACACACCAGCACCACCAUCGGUAUCUAACACCAACCCCAAUAAUUUAUUCUUAGGUGGUGGCGCCGGCGCAGGCUAUGGUCAACAUGCAUAUGGCGUUCCACGUUUUGAUUCAAAGCAUGCUGCUACCAACAACGCUACCAACAACGCUACCGCUACGGCCGCCAAUACCGUUACAGCCAAUGACUCUAAUCAUGGGAAUGCUGCUCCUCAGAUAGCACACUUUGAUGACGAUGAUGAUAACAACAACGACAACAAUAGGUACACCAUGCAUGCUCCUUCAACUCAGGCUCCAUUAUCUCUCUUUUCAAACCAUCCGCAGUCAACUCUGAACAAUGUGCGGCCUUCUCCUGCAGGGUCAGCUCGAUCCUCUAGACCAUCCUCAGUUUUGAUGACUAUCUUUGAUGAGCCUGUUAUCAUGGAGAACAUCCCAGGCUCAUCCGCAUCCAGAUCGAGGCCUGGUUCUAGAACGAUCUCGAGGAAUAAUUCUAAUUCCAGGACAGCAGCAGCGGCAGCAGCGGCAGCAGUAGCAGCAACUCGCUCCAGAUCCUCUCGGUCGAGCUCGGAUGCAAUGUUACAACAACAGAACGUUACUACUCAUCCCACACCAUCCAAUAUCGAGAGCAUGGACGUAGGUCCUUUUAAUGAAGUCCGCUAUCCAGGCGAGUUGCCUCAAUUCGAGGAUGACGUGGACCUGAACCAUAUAGAGCCUAAUUCACAACAGAUCCAAAAUGAGCAAGAACGACAACAAGAAUUAUCACGACGCGAGCGAGAGAUUGAAGCCAGAUUGGCACGUCUUGGAGCUAAGGGAAGGAUGGAAUCUUAUCAAUAAAAAGAGAAAGAGAGAGAGAGAGAGAGAGAGAGAGAGAAAAGACAAGAAAAGCGCAUGGAUCAUUUGUAUUUUAAUAAAUAGAUUGCUAUAUACCCAAUACAUUUCAAAAGUUUGU